GGAGGGGAAGAGAGAGAGAGAAGGAGGGAGACAGAGACAGAGACUGAGGGAGAGAAGGGAGACAGAAACAGACAAGGAAAGAAGGAUGAGAAUUUGAGGGGGCUUUAAAAGAAAGAGUGGAUCGAGGAAGAGAAAAGACAGAAAGAAGAAAUCGAGAGACAGGCUAGAGAGGAAGGUGUGAGAGAGACAGAAGGCAGAGACAGACACAGGGAGAGAGAGAGGAGAGAGAGAAGGGGGAUAGAACGGAAGACAGAAACAGGGUGAAAAAAGGAGAGAGGCUGUAAAGGUAGGGAAAGCUAGAAGGCGGGCUUGGAGCAGGAGAGGAGCCUGGGGGAGAGCUCCCUUCACUAUUCUGAUAUUUGGAGACUGGAGGCCCCUUGGCAGGGGAAGAGGGGGGGCAAGAAGGGGGUGUUGGGGGUCGUUUCCCACUGAAAAGCAGAAGAGAGACAGAAGAGACAGCAGAUACUCACUGAAAGCCAGGUGGACAGAGACCCAGAGGCGGCAGAGGGGUGUGAGAGACAGAGACCCCUGAAGGCAUUGCUGCCUGGGACCUCGGAGCCUUAAGGAUGGGGGGCCCAAUGCACCUCAGCCCGCCCCGGGCCCUGCUCCUCGGGGCUGCCCUGGGAGCUGCAGCUCACAUCGGCCCUGCGCCUGCCCCCGAAGACUGGUGGACCUACAAGGAUAAUCUGCAGGGAAGCUUCGUCCCAGGGCCGCCCUUCUGGGGCCUGGUGAACGCAGCCUGGAGUCUGUGCGCUGUAGGGAAGCGGCAAAGCCCCGUAGACAUAGAGCUGAGAAGGGUCCUCUACGAUCCCUUCCUCCCUCCGCUGCGGCUCAGCACGGGAGGAGAGAAGCUUCGGGGGACGCUCUACAACACUGGCCGACACGUGUCCUUCCUGCCAGCCCCAAGGCCGGUGGUCAAUGUAUCCGGGGGACCCCUCCUCUACAGCCACCGGCUCAGUGAGCUUCGCCUCCUUUUUGGGGCCCGAGAUGGGGCUGGUUCUGAGCACCAGAUCAACCAUGAAAGCUUCUCAGCAGAGGUGCAGCUGAUCCACUUUAACCAAGAGCUCUAUGGGAAUCUGAGUGCAGCCUCCCGGGGCCCCAACGGACUGGCUGUCUUGGCACUCUUUGUGAAUGUCGCUGCCAAUUCGAACCCUUUCCUGAGCCGCCUCCUUAACAGAGAUACCAUCACCCGAAUCUCCUACAAAAAUGAUGCCUACUUUGUGCAGGACCUGAGCCUGGAGCAGCUGUUUCCCGAGUCUUUUGGCUUUAUCACCUACCAGGGCUCGCUGAGCACCCCGCCCUGCUCUGAGACCGUCACUUGGAUCCUCAUAGACCGAGCCCUCAAUGUCACCUCCCUGCAGAUGCACUCCCUGCGGCUACUGAGCCAGAACCCGCCGUCCCAAAUCUUCCAGAGCCUCAGUGGCAAUGGGCGACCCUUGCAGCCCCUGGCCCACCGCGCCCUCCGGGGCAACCGCGACUCCCGACACCCGGAGCGGCGCUGCCGCGGCCCCAACUACCGACUGCAUGGCCACAUGGUAUUGCCCACUCUGGCCCUGGGAGGGAAGGAAUUCUCCCCUUCCCUGCCUCCCGCCCUCUGCGUGUGGAUGGUGCCCGCUGAGAAGAGGACCUGCUUGCCUGCCCCCGCCCCCAAGUAAAUUUAUUAAAGAGACAGAACACC